GAUUGCUAGGUAAACAAUAUAAAUACUGCAUUCCCAUUACAGCGUGUAGUCCACCAUAAAAUCAAAUGUGCGCUUGCGCAUAUUUGAUUUGCAAACAGUGCAACAUCAUAUUGCGCUGCCACAAAUGUUAAGCCAGGCUCAUCUCUUUUGCUGGACCCUUCUGCGUUGGCACCUCUUCUGUGUGGAUUAGCCCCAUCGAAAUGAACAAGUGGGGAGUUUUUUCAAUGCAGUACUAUUGUCUGUCGAAACACUGUUUAAGUGACUUAAAAAAGGGUAGAGGGAUAGGACAAAAUAAAGGAAACAAUGGUAGAGAAUAACAGAGGGGAGAUGGGAGAGAGAGACUGUGAGAGAAGCAGGGUUACAGGGGAAAUGAUGGUGUGAUGUGGAGAGCGAGGGAGGAGGGGCAUCAGGGGCCAACAGACACUGAGAGAUAGAAGAGGGGAGGAAUUAAGAGAACGUGAGAGAGGUAAAUCAGUUGCCAGAGUUGCAGCAAUCUGCAGAUCUCUGAAGAUGGAGGUUGAUGGAGAGGAGCUCUGCUUUCCACAACUCCUCAACACCUCCUGCAGGAAGCCCACAACUCCUUGGUCCGAAGCUGUGCUCCUUCACAUUGUUCUGUCCUCCAUCUCUCUGCUCACUGUGGCUCUCAACCUGCUCGUCAUCAUCUCAGUCUCCCACUUCAGGCAGAGAUUAACUUCUCAGCUUCUCUUACAUUUUCUGCAGCUCCACACACCCACCAACAUCCUCCUCCUCUCUCUGGCUGUCUCAGACUUUCUUGUGGGCCUCCUGCUGAUGCCGGGAGAAAUCCUCCGAAAAACAUCCUGCUGGUUUCUUGGUGACCUUGUGUGUUCUCUGUAUAAUUAUGUGUCCUUCAUCAUUACCUCUGUCUCAGUAGGAGACAUGGUGCUCAUAUCAGCAGACCGAUAUGUGGCUAUUUGUGACCCUCUGCAUUACCCCACAAGAAUCACUGCGAGAAGAGUCAAACUCUGUGUUUGUCUGUGUUGGCUCUGUUCUGUUUUCUACAGCAGUCUCUUUUUAAAAGACAACCUGACUCAGCCAGACAGGUAUAUUUCCUGCUAUGGAGAGUGUGUGAUUGUUAUUGACUAUGUUGCAGGAGCUGUUGACCUUGUUUUAACCUUUAUUGUUCCCAUUACUGUCAUCAUAGUUCUGUAUAUGAGUGUAUUUGCUGUGGCUGUGUCUCAGGCUCGUGCCAUGCGCUCUCACAUUACAGCUGUCGCACUCCAGCUUUCAGUGACUCCAAAGGCAAAGAAAUCUGAGCUGAAAGCAGCCAGGACUCUUGGCGUUCUCAUAGUUGUGUUUCUAAUAUGUUUCUGCCCAUAUUAUGGUGUCUCUCUUGCAGGGGACAGCUUGCUCAAUACUUCUUCUGCAUCCUUUGUGAUGUAUCUGUUUUAUUCUAACUCUUGUGUAAACCCUGUGAUCUAUGCUUUGUUCUACCCCUGGUUUAGAAAAUCAGUUAAACUCAUUGUUACUCUUCAGAUACUGCAGCCUGGCUCCUGUGAGACCAAAAUACUGUAGUGAGGCUGUGGCGUGACUGAAUUGAGAUCUGCUUUACAAUUUUCUUUCACUGAAUUCAAAAUACAAAAAGUAAAAGUGAAAUCCCUUCCUUUUCUCUCUUUAUAUAGUAUAUAAAAGCAUCGCUCUGCUCUUUGCCAAUUUCAUAUAAGGAUUAUAACUUUAUACAUAUGUAGGACAAAAGAAUAAUUUGACAAGUUAUAACUAAAUAAUGAUUUUGUUCUCAUCAGUUUCAUUAUAAUUGUUGUGUAUUGUUGUCUCUCUGCUGCUUUUUUCUUUUUUUAUAAGAAAGUAAAAGUAAAAUAAUAGUAAGAUGGAAGAAAACCUCAGACCCAAUUCAAAGAGAGACACCCCCCCCCAGAGGCCUAGUGCUGCAGUUGGAGAUUGAGGCUGGGGAAAUGACUCGCACAGAAAUAAGCUGUUUUACUAGUUGGUAGAUUAAAAUAAUAAUGAUGAUAAUAAUGGGAUUAUAAUUCCUAUACCCUAUCCCUAUAUCCCACAAAUUUGAUAAGGGAGGUGGGUCAAGCAUGUAGGAGGAGAAAUUGAAACAUCAUGUACAAAAUGACUGUUGUUGAAAACCAUCUGAAUUUUCAAUCCACCAGACAAUUAUUUCACAUUUCAUUUUGUAUUUAAACUGUUAUUUAUGUACACAUCUGUAAACUCAAAUUAAUUAAUCGGAAACAGUAAAACAAUUCCAACAAUGUA